UAACGAUAAUUACUUCUUGUUGUUUGUUAGACUCAACUCAAUGUACCAGUUGUCAAAAGGAGUUUUGGUCCAACCGCCAACGUGAUCACUGUGUGCCCAAAACCAUGGAAUAUCUUUCCUAUACGGAACCCCUAGGCAUCUCCUUGACCACUGCUUCAUUAUCUGGUGCACUUUUAUGCACUAUUGUUUUUGGAAUCUUCACUUAUCAUCGUACAACGCCAGUGGUUAGGGCCAACAACUCAGAGCUUAGCUUCCUCAUUCUGCUGUCACUCAAACUAUGCUUCUUGUGCUCCUUGCUUUUCAUUGGUCACCCAAGGCUGUCAACUUGUCAGCUGAGGCAAGCAGCCUUUGGGAUCAGCUUUGUGCUGUGUGUCUCGUGUAUCCUGGUGAAGACCAUGGUUGUUCUGGCGGUAUUCAAGGCCUCAAAACCAGGAGGUGGAGGUAGUCUGAAGUGGUUUGGGGCAAUGCAUCAGAGAGGGAUUGUUGUAUUUCUGACUUUAAUACAAGCAGCAAUAUGUACAACCUGGCUUAUGUCGUCCUCACCAACUCCUCAUAAAAACACACAGUACUAUAAAGACAAGAUAAUAGUCGAGUGUGUAAUUGGGUCAUCAGUUGGAUUUGGAAUUUUACUCGGCUAUAUUGGCUUACUGGCUAUUCUCAGUUUCUUACUAGCUUUCUUGGCCCGGAAUCUACCAGAUAACUUCAAUGAGGCCAAGUUUAUUACCUUUAGCAUGUUAGUAUUCUGUGCUGUUUGGAUAGCCUUCAUCCCAGCUUAUAUCAACUCCCCUGGAAAAUAUGCAGAUGCUGUAGAGGUAUUUGCCAUUCUAGCUUCCAGUUUUGGGCUGUUACUGGCCCUAUUUGGACCAAAGUGUUACAUAAUAAUCCUGAAACCUGAGAAAAACACAAAAAAAGCUUUAAUGGGACGAGGCACACCAAUAUCAUAAAAUCAUGGUUAUCUGGGAAAAAAAUGAGAUUUAGUCUGAGUAGAUUUACUACAUUACAGACUUUCUGUAAUGUCUUCAUAUCAAAUUGUAGUUUGAAAUCAUUACAGACAUAUAAUUAGGACAGUAGUUAUUUUGUAGAUCUGUAUGAUUAGUUUGACCAACAUUUAUGUGAAAAGAGAGAAUAAAUCUUGUUUUCAACAUUGUCACCACUUGUUUUUAACCAGAUCAUGCAAGACUACUUUUUCUUUACGUUUCUUUAGAGACUGAUAUCCUAGCCCGCCUGUUGAU